UUUAGCAAAUCUAGAACGUAUGGAACGGAACCCAUUUCCAACCCAAUCAAUUCCAGGGCCCGAUGUCCCAAAACCAUAAACCGGACCAAGGUUCAUUCAAACAGUUUCAGGAAGUGACAGAGGAAGUGGAGUAGUGAGCCACAGUGUAACGUUCUCUGGUUUCUCUGUUCAUAGACGAGGAGAGACAGACAGACAGAGAGGAGAGACAAACAGACAGAGAGGAGAGACAAACAGACAGAGAGAGCAGAGACAGAGAGGAGAGACAGACAGAGAGGAGAGACAGACAGAGAGGAGAGACAGACAGAGAGGAGAGACAGACAGAGAGGAGAGACAGACAGAGAGGAGAGACAGACAGAGAGGAGAGACAGACAGAGAGGAGAGACAGACAGAGAGGAGAGACAGAGAGAGGAGAGACAGAGAGAGGAGAGACAGAGAGAGAGGAGAGACAGAGAGAGAGGAGAGACAGACAGAGAGAUAGACAGACAGACAGAUAGACAGACAGACAGAGAGACAGACAGACAGAGAGGAGAGACAGACAGAUAGACAGACAGAGAGGAGAGACAGACAGAGGAGAGACAGACAGGAGAGACAGUAUACUACUGAACUGUCUGUCUCGUGGAGGAACAGACUACAAGGAGGCAGAAUACUACACGUGUCUGUCUGACCGUGUGUCAUGCGUUACCAUGACCAGAGCAGCACUCAUCAAACUCUUCAUCCUCAUCCUCCUCGCCUUCAUCAUCUGUCUCCCAGAGUUCUUCACUUCACACAGAGCGAGGGUAAACUUCCACUGUGUGACCUUUGACCCCUGUGGGGACCAGGAAGUGACAACACAGUGUGACCCCGGGCUGACCCCUGCGGAACAGAACUCCGACCGGAGCGGCGAGGAAAAGCCCGUCUGUAACACCCGGAGGACGGGUUCUGGAGUGAACUGGUUGCUGUGUGACACGGAGACGGACCUGCCCGCUCUCCGUGGAAACGCCUCGCUGUCAGGGAGGAGGGUGGCGCUAUCAAUGUUGUCAGAAGGAGGGAACGUGACUUUGUACGACUUAAUGACAGAGGAGAAGAAAGAGAGGGAGGAAGAGAGGGAGGAAGGACAAGGAUUCGUCUACUGCUGUUUUCGAACCCCACCCCUUUCCAUACCAACCAAUCACAGCCAGUGUCUCCUUCAUCUCCACACCCAAGGAACCAAUCAGACAGCUGUAAAGUCUGACCUGCCCUGGACACGGCCACCUAGAAGUGAGUGGUUGUGUGUGUUCAGGGUGGUGUGGUUGGUCCUGGUGGUUGUGGUCAUGUUGACCGUUCUCACCGGGGUCCUGGGUCUGAUCUACUGGAGGACUCGCUGCUGCCGAAAGGAGCCCAGGGUGUAUCCAGCCAGUGUGUUCCAGAACAGAGGAUUCAACACGGACAUCCCUCAUGUCUCUGUUUCACUACAUCACUCCUCAGAGCUGCUGCUCUGUGGAUACAGGACUACAUACUGGACAGGCCUGUUGUCACCUAUUCAUGAAGAGAAGACUACAGAGGAUGAGCCUUGUCAGGGUUACUACGGUAAUGAAACAGCGCUCCACCACCGCAGCCACCCUCUCCCCUCAUCCCUUUCUCCUGAAGAGCUCUAGAUGAACAGAGCAGAAGACAGGAACACCAAGACAUUACUUCCUUUUAACGUCUUGACAGGUUUUGUUUUGUUUUAACAAAUGAAUGCGGUCCCUGAAUGGGGUCCCUGAAUGGUGUCCCUGAAUGGUGUCCCUGAAUGGUGUCCCUGAAUGGUGUCCCUGAAUGGUGUCCCUGAAUGGUGUCCCUGAAUGGUGUCCCUGAAUGGGGUCCCUGAAUGGGGUCCCCGAAUGGGGUCCCUGAAUGGGGUCCCCGAAUGGGGUCCCUGAAUGGUGUCCCUGAAUGGUGUUCCUGAAUGGUGUCCCUGAAUGCUGUCCCUGAAUGGUGUCCCUGAAUGGUGUCCCUGAAUGGUGUCCCUGAAUGGGGUCCCUGAAUGGUGUCCCUGAAUGGUGUCCCUGAAUGCGGUCCCUGAAUGGGGUCCCUGAAUGGUGUCCCUGAAUGGUGUCCCUGAAUGGGGUCCCUGAAUGGUGUCCCUGAAUGGGGUCCCUGAAUGGGGUCCCUGAAUGGUGUCCCUGAAUGGUGUCCCUGAAUGGGGUCCCUGAAUGGUGUCCCUGAAUGGGGUCCCUGAAUGGUGUCCCUGAAUGGUGUCCCUGAAUGGUGUCCCUGAAUGCGGUCCCUGAAUACCGACCCUGAAUGGUGUCCCUGAAUGGUGUCCCUGAAUGGUGUCCCUGAAUGGUGACCCUGAAUGGUGUCCCUGAAUGGGGUCCCUGAAUGGUGUCCCUGAAUACGGUCCCUGAAUACCGACCCUGAAUGGUGUCCCUGAAUGGUGUCCCUGAAUGGUGUCCCUGAAUGGUGUCCCUGAAUACGGUCCCUAAAUACCGACCCUGAAUGGGGUCCCUGAAUGGUGUCCCUGAAUACGGUCCCUGAAUACCGACCCUGAAUGGUGUCCCUGAAUGGUGUCCCUGAAUGGUGUCCCUGAAUGGUGUCCCUGAAUACGGUCCCUGAAUACCGACCCUGAAUGGGGUCCCUGAAUGGUGUCCCUGAAUGGUGUCCCUGAAUGGGGUCCCUGAAUGGUGUCCCUGAAUACGGUCCCUGAAUACCGACCCUGAAUGGUGUCCCUGAAUGGUGUCCCUGAAUGGUGUCCCUGAAUGGUGUCCCUGAAUACGGUCCCUAAAUGGUGUUCCUGAAUGGUGUCCCUGAAUGGUGUCCCUGAAUGGUGUCCCUGAAUGGUGUCCCUGAAUACGGUCCCUAAAUGGUGUUCCUGAAUGGUGUCCCUGAAUGGUGUCCCUGAAUGGUGUCCCUGAAUGGUGUCCCUGAAUACGGUCCCUAAAUGGUGUCCCUGAAUGGUGUCCCUGAAUGGUGUCCCUGAAUGGUGUUCCUGAAUGGUGUCCCUGAAUGGGGUCCCUGAAUGGUGUUCCUGAAUGGUGACCCUGAAUGGUGACCCUGAAUGGGGUCCCUGAAUGGUGUUCCUGAAUGGUGUUCCUGAAUGCUGUCCCUGAAUGCGGUCCCUGAAUGGUGUCCCUGAAUGGUGUCCCUGAAUGCUGUCCCUGAAUGGUGUCCCUGAAUGCUGUCCCUGAAUGGUGUCCCUGAAUGCUGUCUUGAUAGGUUGGAGGUUGGGGGGGGGUUAUUACUAUUCUCCUGGAAAUCCUCAAAAGCCCCCACAAGGACAUUUCUCCCUCGUGGGGAUAUUUCCCAGGUCCCCUUAGGAUUAGGGAAAAUAUAUAUUUUUUUAUGGAAAUACAUUGUGUGUGUGUGUGUGUGUGUGUGUGUGUGUGUGUAUAUAUAUAUAUAAAGACAUGGCUCUGAAACAGAUUAAAGUUUAAAAAGGUGUUUUAUUUUUGUUGUUGUUGGUAUUUUGUGAUUACGGUUCCGUUGUCAGAUUCCAUCUCCGUUACCAUGGCAGCAUAUUAAUAAAUGAUCAAACAACGACUUAAUAAACCAGUGGACCUAAAAAUACACGCAGAAAUAGAAAACAUCA